AUGGCAAGUCAAUUUCCAUCUCUCAAGCGGGCCCAGACGGACCUUCCUGCGCAAUCCACGAGUCCAUUACGACACGAUUCGACAGCAUCCACAAACUCGUCUGCAUACUCGGUCGCGUCCAGCUCAUUCACGCCUAGCCGGACUAGCACAGUCUCCUCUAAUGCGUCGAUACCCAUCAGUUUGGGACACUUCCGAGGGAAGAGUGAGGCGAGCAGCAUAAAUUCAGCAAGCACUGUUACGGACGCAAUGGAGCAUGGGAGUUGGUCAAAUGCUGGCACAGCGUACGACAACAUCCGCCGAUCUCUACGACCACUUCAACAAACCUCCAAUGUCCCACCCUCAACCGCAAAUACUGGGGGCUACCGACAUUCACGAAGCCAAACAAUUGAUCAAUCACACCAUUGGAAAGAGAACCGACCUAGCACCCCCGAAUCGCGUCAACUAUACCCCCAGGAAAACCAACCUCCGUGUCACAAAAGCCCCGCCUACGAACCUCAGAGUCCUCCAGCACCCACCUCCCCCCGUCAGUGGUCUCCUGUGCCCGGCGGGUCGCGUUCCUCGUCCCCACAAAAGACCACGUCUCACAGCACUCAUCCCCCGCAGCUCACAGCAGCGCUUACUGCCCCAGAGCUUCGGACAUUCCAGAAAUCUUCGACCCGCCAUCUCAGGACUCUUUCGAAAUUCGCACAGUCUGGCGAGAACGAAUUUAGCGCAGCCGCCGCCUCUGUAGUCGGUCUACAAGGCCGAAGACGUCUCAAACGAGCAGACUCCAUUGCCGCAAGAAAUGGGGCAAUAUCUCCCGAAAAGCCGAAGGCGUCUUCAUGGGCAGCCGGGAAUUGGAUGGACCAGCAGCGACAGUUCAUCCAAGCCUACGAGUACCUGUGUCAUAUCGGAGAAGCCAAACAGUGGAUCGAGGAUGUUAUCCAAAAGCAAAUUCCGCCAAUCGUUGAGCUAGAGGAGGCACUGCGAGACGGUGUCACUCUCGCAGAAGUGGUGCAAGCAAUGUACGCAGGCAAAACACUUCGUAUCUUCCGGCACCCUAAGUUACAGUAUCGCCAUUCGGACAACAUUGCCCUGUUUUUCCGAUUCCUCGAUGAAGUUGAGCUGCCAGAAUUGUUUCGAUUCGAACUCAUCGACCUGUAUGAGAAGAAAAACCUCCCCAAGGUCAUCCACUGUAUCCACGCGCUGUCAUGGCUACUCUUCAAAAAUGGCAUGCUGGAUUUCCGUAUGGGUAACUUGGUUGGCCAGCUUGAGUUUGAACACCAUGAACUUGAGAAGACCCAAAAGGGGCUUGACAAGGCCGGUGUUAGUAUGCCCAGCUUUGCGGGCAUGGCUGCAAACUUUGGCGCGGAACCUGAACCUGAGCCCGAGCCUGUUGAAUCAGAGGAGGAUCGCAUUGACCGAGAACUCCACGCAAACGAAGACUCAAUAUGCGAUUUCCAGGCUCAAGUGAGAGGUGCUAUGACGCGUUUACGACUCGGCAAUACGAUGAACGACUUGUGGGACUUCGAACCUCUUCUCAUUGAGCUACAGUCACGUCUACGUGGAGACUGGGCGCGUCAGAUCAGUGACUACCGCCUUAGCAUGCUCCAAUUUGCAGUUGGCUUGCAGGCCAUCAGUCGUGGGUUCAUUGUCCGUCGCCGUCAACAAGGCGACAAGCAAUGGCGACAAGCUCAGGAAACUGAGAUCUUGCAGUUCCAGAGCCUGGUUCGAGGUUCCAAGGCGCGCAGCCAGGCCACUCUCUUGCAAACCCGCGCACGUCGAGAAGAGUCUGGCAUAAAGCAGAUCCAGGCUGCGAUCAGAGGUGCAUUGCAGCGGAUGAAUGUCGGAGACCAAUACGAACAGACUCGUCAAGCUGAGAACGAUGUCACAUCGUUUCAAGCAGUUAUCAGAGGUGCAUUGCAACGGAUGAAAGUUGCAGACCAAUACGAACGGUCUCGGCAAGCCAAAAACGACGUCACGUCACUCCAAGCAGUGAUUCGUGGUGCUUUACAACGGAAACGUAUGGAAGCACAUUCUCAAGAGGUCAGACAAGUUGGCAGCUCUAUCAAGACUCUCCAAGCAGCAAUCCGCGGCACCUUGCAGCGGAGAAGGAUGAGUGCUCACUCGCAUGAGGUGAAGCAGAUUGACACUCCUGUCAAGUCGCUCCAGGCUGCUAUUCGGGGAUCGCUUGCCCGUCAGGAUUUGUCUCAGAUGAAGGUUUUGCUGAAUAACGAAGCAUCUCAAAUCACUCGCAUUCAAUCGAACAUUAGGGCUCUAAUUGCCAGAGAGCGUCAAACGCUGGUGCUGCAGGCGUUGGAAGAAACCGAGAAUGAAUGCGCUGCACUGCAAGCGAUAGCGCGGGCCGCUGCUGUGAGGAAAAACACCUCCGCCAUCCGUACCGAGCUUGCCGAACAUCUUUUGCCGGUGCUUAACCUCCAGGGUAUUCUCAGGGGGCAGGCUCUGAGAGCCACUUUGGAAGCGCAGAAGAUUGCGUUGUCUAAUGAAGAACCUUCCAUCUUGCUACUCCAGUCCCGCGUUCGAGGUGUUAUCCACAGGCGACAACUCCUUGCACAGCGAACUGAAUUGGAGCAGGAAACACAUGCAGUUAUUGACUUGCAGGCCCUCGCCAGGGCUGCUAUCUCACGAAUGGAGGUGGGCGGCGUGUUGGCUCGCCUUGAGGAGAAUGAGGAUGAAGUUGUUCAGCUUCAGUCAUUAGCUCGGGCCAUGCUUGCACGACUCGAAGUUGGCGGAACCCUCACUGAUCUGGAAGCAGAGGAAGAUGUCAUCGUGGACUUCCAAGCCCGUAUCAGAGGACUCAUCAUCCGCAACCGCUUUGAGGAAAGACGCCAACAUUAUAACGAGAACAUGGAGAAGGUCAUUAAGGCCCAGAGUGUUAUCCGAGGACGAAUCCAGGGACAAGCCUACAAGAGCCUGACAAGCGGAAAAAAUCCCCCUGUCGGAACUGUCAAAGGUUUCGUGCAUCUUCUCAAUGACAGCGAUUUCGACUUCGAUGAAGAAAUCGAGUUUGAACGUCUGCGGAAGGUGGUUAUCCAGCAAGUACGACAGAAUGAGCUUGCUGAGCAAUACAUCAGCCAACUUGACAUCAAAAUUGCCCUUCUUGUCAAGAACAAGAUCACUCUGGAUGAAGUUGUCAAGCAUCAAAAGCACUUUGGUGGCCACAUUGGUAACCUACUAUCCAACACUGAGAUUUCCUCCAAGGACCCCUACGAUCUCAAAGCCCUCAACAAGACCUCAAGGCGAAAGCUUGACCAAUAUCAGGUGUUUUUCUUCCUUCUUCAAACCCAAUCACAGUAUCUUGCUCGUUUGUUCCGGCGAUUGCGCGAAGUGAACACUUCGGACAAGGAAUAUGAGCGGAUCCGGCACUUGAUGAUGGGUCUCUUUGGAUACUCCCAGAAACGACGCGAGGAGUACUAUCUCAUCAAGCUUCUAGCACGAUCUGCCAAAGAAGACAUUGAAAGCUUCACUUCUCUCCCUGAGUACCUACGCUGCACCUCCUUCUGGAACAAGCUCUUCGCCUCAUAUGCAAAAUCACCACGCGAUCGAAAAUUCAUGCGCGACAUCUUGGGAACUCUGAUCAAAGAGUCAGUUAUCGAUAACCCAGACCUUGACUUGGAGAGUGACCCAAUUCAGAUCUACCGUUCCGCAAUCAACAACGAGGAGCUCCAAACCGGCCAACGAAGCCGCCGACAACCGGACCUUCCCCGAGAAGAAGCCAUCAGAGACCCUGAGACCAGAGAGACAUUCAUCAAACACCUGCAAGAUCUUCGUGACAUCGUCGAUCAGUUGUUCUCAGGCUUCGAGGACCACUUGUACCGCAUGCCGUUCGGGAUCAGAUAUCUUGCCCAGCAGAUGUAUCAAAAUCUCCUUGAGAGAUUCUCUGGUGAAGACCACGGAUUCAUUCUUCAGACUGUCGGCCACUGGGUAUGGAAGAAUUAUUUCCAGCCUGCUGUGCUGGAGCCCGAGAAGUAUGGUGUCAUUGAUCGAGGCCUCACCCACGAACAAAAGCGCAAUCUUGGAGAAAUUUCCAAGGUCGUUGCUCAAAUCGCCUCUGGAAGACUCUUCGGGGCGGAGAACGUCUAUCUUCAGCCGCUCAAUAGCUAUAUCGCCGACUCGAUCCAGCGAUUAGGCCGUAUUUGGGGAGAGAUGAUCUCAGUCCAGGAUGCAGAGUCCUAUUUCGACAUUGAUGAAUUCAAUGAUCUUUAUGCCAAGGCCAAACCCACAUUGUAUAUCAAGAUGUCUGACAUCUUCUCGAUCCACCAACUUGUGGCUUCAGAGAUUACCCAUAUGUGCCCCCACCCCGAUGACUUCCUCAAGGAUCUUGUUCGAGAACUUGGCAACGUCAAGAGCAAUGAGAACGAGUUGAUGGGCGUAAGCUCUACCGAGAUCAACCUCACGUUGAAUCCCAAGUUGGCUCAGGUUGAAGGUAAGAAUCGCAAUCGAGUGGCAGUCUCUUCUUUAUUUGCUGACUCCGAAAUUUCAGACCCCGAAGCAGAUGUGAAGACGCUCUUUAUGGAGACCAAGCGUUGUAUACUCUACAUCAUCCGAGUUCAAACCGGCGCCAACCUGAUGGACAUUAUGCUCAAGCAACCGACAGUAGAGGACGAGGAACGCUGGCACAACCUAGUCCGUGAAGAAUUGAGCACUAACGCCCCUCGCCGUGGUGCCUACUCCGAAGCGAAUAGCUUGAUUGACAUCAGCGCUAUGAGCUAUUCCGAGCUCAAGGGCAUUGCACUCGAAAACAUUCUUCGACUUGAACACAGUGGCAAGAUCAGCCGACACAACCAUUAUCAGGAUCUGCUGAACGCCAUCGCCAUCGAUAUCCGCACCAAGCAUCGUCGGAGAAUCCAGCGAGAACGCGAGCUAGAGGGUGCUCGGCUGACGUCUCAGCGUCUCAGCGACCAAGCUGUCUACCUGGAUCAGCAGCUCAAGACCUACAACGACUACAUUGAGCAGGCCAUGAUCACGUUACAGAACAAGAAGGGCAAGAAGCGAUUCCUGAUGCCAUUUACCAAGCAGUGGGACCAUCAACGAGAGCUGCAAAAGACAGGCAAAGUGUUCAAAUUUGGAUCCUUCAAAUACUCUGCGCGCACCCUGGCCGACCGAGGCGUCCUGGUUUCCUGGAAGGGCUACGCUGAGCGGCAAUGGGACCGGGUCGACUUGACCAUCUCAAGUAAUGAGGUUGGUGUAUUCACCAUCGACGGCAGCAGCGGUGUCAUGAUGAUCCCUGGUGCCAACGCACAGGUACCGCUGGACGAUCUGCUGCAGGCCCAGUUCAAUAACACACAGUUCAUGGACUUGUUCGAGGGACAGAUGCGAGUCAAUGUCAACCUUUUCUUGCACUUGAUCAUGAAGAAAUUCUAUAACGAAUGA